CAUCUCCAAGAAACAUUGGGAUUUUACUUAACAAAUCUUGUACCAAACUAGUGAAAAUCUGUCAUGGCCACUCUAUCUCGCCAUGUCCAUCAAGUGUUCAUAAACUUCCGAGGAAAGGAUCUUCGCUAUGGCUUCGCAAGUCACCUUAUAGAUGCCUUGGAAAGACACAACAUCAAGUUCUUCAUAGAUACGCAUGAACAAAAGGGUAGAGACCUGAAACAUCUCUUUAAAAGGAUCGAAGAGGCCACUGUUGCACUGGUCAUCUUAUCCACGCGGUAUGGGGAAUCAAAAUGGUGUUUGGAAGAGCUGACGACAAUCAUGGAACAAGCAGAGAAAAGGGGAAUGCUUGUCAUCCCAAUCUUCUACAAGGUAAGACCGGAAGACGUGAGAAAACAGAAGGGAGUGUUCGGCGAUAGGUUUUGGAGACGCGCUAAAGAAUCAUGUCCUAAAGAGAUGGAGAAAUGGCAAGAGGCUUUGAAGGCUGUUUCAAACAAGAUUGGCUUCACGUUGGACCAUAAUAGGUAAACUCUUUUCUAGACAUUUCCACUUGAACCGUGAGAACAGUAAUCAAUUAGAGUUCCACCG